AUGAUGGAGAGAGCAGAUUCUGUGCAGAAGCUGUACACACGUAUGCGACUAUGGGAAUUUACCGAUCAGUAUGUGAUUGAGCCUACAGAUGGCUCUUCUGGUUCGUCUUUGGCUGUUAGUCGACUUGAUGGCUCCAUGAAACUAAUCGAUGAGGUUCCGGAAUGUACCACUCUACGAGUUCCUAAGAUUUUUACUAUUUAUGGUGUUGUUGGGAUAGUGAGGCUUUUGGCUGGAUCAUAUUUGAUGGUCAUAACUGAGCGUGAAUGUGCUGGAUCUUACUUGGGGCAUCCAAUUUUCAAAAUUUUAUCCAUGAAGGUUUUUCCAUGUGAUCAUUCACUUAAAAGUACCCCUGCCGAACAGAAGAAGGCGGAGAUGGAGUUUUCUAGCCUACUAAAUGUUGCUGAGAAAACUUCUGGCCUAUUCUUCUCAUAUGAAACUAAUUUAACUCUGAGUGCCCAGCGGUUGAAUGACUUGGGUGAUGAGUCUAGAUUGCUUCCUCUUUGGAGACAGGCAGAGCCUCGAUUUCUAUGGAACAAUUAUAUGUUAGAAGUGCUCAUAGAUAACAAGCUUGACCCAUACUUACUCCCUAUAGUUCAAGGCAGUUUUCAUUACUUUCAAGCAGCCAUUGGGAAAGAUAUUAUUGACGUCACUUUGAUUGCGAGGAGAUGCACUAGAAGAAAUGGAACUCGAAUGUGGAGAAGAGGAGCUGAUCCAGAUGGAUAUGUUGCCAAUUUUGUGGAAACAGAACAACUUAUGCAGUUCAAUGGGUAUACUGCUUCUUUUGUUCAGGUUCGUGGUUCGAUUCCUCUGCUCUGGCAGCAAAUUGUUGACUUAACAUAUAAACCGAAGUUCGAACUAUUGAAACUCGAGGAUGCUCCACGAGUCCUCGAGAGGCAUAUAUUAGAUUUAAGAAAAAAAUAUGGAGCUGUGUUGGCUGUUGAUCUUGUUAACAAGCAUGGCGGAGAAGGGCGGCUAUGUGAAAAAUUUGGCAGUACAAUGCAGCAUGUGGCUAGUGAUGAUGUAAGAUAUGUUCACUUUGAUUUCCAUCAUGUCUGUGGACACGUUCAUUUUGAACGUCUAUCAUUGCUUUAUGAUCAAAUAUCAGAUUUUCUUGAGAGAAACGGAUAUCUUUUGUUGAACGAAAAGGGAGAGAAAAUGAAGGAGCAACUUGGAGUUGUUAGGACCAACUGUAUUGAUUGUCUCGACCGAACAAAUGUAACUCAGAGCAUGAUAGGCCGAAAUAUGUUAGAAUACCAGCUUAGAAGGCUUGGAGUCUUUGGGGCUGAAGAAACCAUUAGUUCACAUCCAAAUCUUGAUGAAAGGUUUAAGAUCUUGUGGGCUAAUCAUGGGGAUGAUGUAAGUAUCCAAUAUUCAGGAACUCCUGCUCUGAAAGGAGACUUUGUCAGGUUUGGGCAUCGCACUGUUCAAGGGAUAGUAAAUGAUUGUUGGAAUGCUCUCCAAAGAUAUUAUUUGAAUAACUUUUGUGAUGGAACAAAGCAGGAUGCAAUUGAUCUCCUGCAAGGACAUUAUAUAGUAUCUGUUGGCCGAGAUACAGCUGCUUCUUCUCAGAAAGGAGGAAUUGAAGCUAUAGCUUCGUUUCCUCUGGCUUUCGCUCUGGUUUUAACUGGAUUUCUUUUUGCAACCAUGUCAUUGAGACAAGUUCGUUAUGAUUUUAGGCACUUCUUCUUUUCGCUAAUGUGGGCUGGCAUUAGUGUCGGUUUAGCAGCUUUUGUGAGGGCCAACGGACGGGUUUUCUGCAACAGACCCCGCCUAAACAAUCCCCAACGUUAA